GAAGCAAUCACACAUUUUUCGACAUUGUGUUUUAUUCCAUAGAAUAACAUUCAAUGAGCCGGAUGCUUUUACAUUAAUUCGAAUUAAGUAAAGUAAUCGUAGUUCAGUGAUCUCUCUCUCUCAUCGGCGACAAAAUUUUCUUUUCUAUUUAGAAAUCUUUGGUUUGCAUUUUAUUCUUACUUUUUUACGGUUGAUAAAAGAAAAUUAAAAAACGAUGCAAAAAGUGAUUCUUGGCGUUUUGAUGAUGGUUAGCAUUGCGCUAGCUGCUGAAGUAACCGAUAAGGUUUACUUCGACAUCAGCAUCGGCGGUCAGCCUGCUGGUCGUGUUGUAUUCGGCUUGUAUGGCAAAGUUGUACCAAAAACCGCAAGAAACUUUAGAGAAUUGGCUAAAAAACCACAAGGCGAAGGAUACAAAGGCAGCAAAUUCCAUCGUGUCAUCAAAGAUUUUAUGAUUCAAGGUGGUGAUUUCACAGCUGGAGAUGGUACUGGCGGACAUUCGAUCUAUGGCGCCCGUUUCGCAGACGAAAACUUCACUUUGAAGCACGAAAAAGUUGGUUUAUUGAGCAUGGCUAAUGCAGGCAAAGACACAAAUGGAUCACAAUUCUUCGUUACAACAGUGUUGACCCCAUGGUUAGAUGGACGUCAUGUUGUAUUUGGUGAAGUUGUUGAGGGCAUGGACAUCAUUCGUAAGAUUGAAAACCAGCCAACUUACCCAGGCGAUAGACCAAAGAAAGAUGUCGUUGUCACCGACUCUGGCACUUUGCCUGAUAGCGAAUUAUGAAAUCAGUUCCUGCAAUAAUUUGGUAUUUUAAAGCACUUCAGAAAGUUGAUUUCAUUCUUUGGUUGUGCAAUUUUUUUUUUUCUCUCCCGUAAAAAUUGGAAUUUAUUAGGAUUUUUCAACCCAAAUCUGAAUUUUUUGUCGUCUUAUGAAAGAGGAUCAAUAUAUUUUUCAAAUAAAACAAAUACAAAACAAUUUGCCAUAAUGUUUUGUCUUUAUUGUUAGCCAAACCACAACACAUUCCAUUGAUUUUAAGGUGAAGCGUUAAUAAAACAAACACUUGGAUCUAAUUGGAGAACAAA